AUGCUCCAGGGCUCGAUCGUGGCGGUGACCGGGGACGGGGUGAACGACUCUCCGGCGCUGAAGAAGGCUGACAUCGGCGUGGCCAUGGGCAUCGCCGGCUCCGACGCCGCCAAGAACGCCGCAGACAUGAUCCUGCUCGACGACAACUUCGCCUCCAUCGUCACCGGCGUCGAGCAAGGCCGCCUGAUCUUCGACAACCUGAAGAAGUCCAUCGCCUACACCCUGACCAAGAACAUCCCCGAGCUGACGCCGUACCUCAUCUACAUCACGGCCAGCGUGCCCCUGCCCCUGGGCUGCAUCACCAUCCUCUUCAUCGAGCUCUGCACCGACAUCUUCCCUUCGGUGUCCUUGGCCUACGAGCGGGCGGAGAGCGACAUCAUGCACCUGCGGCCCCGCGACCCCCGGCGCGACCGCCUGGUCAACGAGCCCCUGGCCGCCUACUCCUACUUCCAGAUAGGAGCUAUCCAAUCCUUCGCUGGCUUCACUGACUACUUCGUGGCCAUGGCCCAGGAGGGUUGGUGGCCUCUGCUCUGCCUGGGCCUCCGCCCCCACUGGGAGGACGUCCACCAGCAGGAGCUUCAGGACAGCUACGGCCAGCAGUGGACCUUCUGGCAGCGGCGCUACCAGCAGUACACCUGCUACACCGUCUUCUUCAUCAGCAUUGAGAUGUGCCAGAUCGCUGACGUCCUCAUCCGCAAGACCAGGAGGCUCUCCCUCUUCCAGCAGGGCCUCUUCAGGAACCGCAUCCUGCUGGUGGCCAUCGUGUUCCAGGUGUCCAUUGGCUGCUUCCUCUGCUACUGCCCAGGGAUGCCAAACGUCUUCAACUUCAUGCCCAUCCGGUUCCAGUGGUGGUUGGUGCCGAUGCCCUUCGGCCUCCUCAUCCUCGUGUACGACGAGAUCAGGAAGCUGGGAGUGCGGAGACACCCCGGGAGCUGGUGGGACCGGGAGCUCUACUACUGAGCUUGGCAACUGGGAGCAACUGGGA